UAUGCCGUCAUAAUAAUAAAAAAACGUAGAUGUAAAUCCAAAAUAAUAUUAAAAUUCUUAAUAAACUUAGUAACAAAUUUAUUUGAAAAUUUUGCUAGUGGUUGGAAUCAACAAGAGCCAUACCUUUGCUAAAAAAACUUAUUUAAAUAAUCAAUUUAAAUUUAAUAGCCAUUCAAGUACUUAAUAUUAAUUAUUCAAUUAUAGUUCGUUUAAUUUAGAUGGACAAUUAGGAAAAAUUGGAUAAAGACUUCUUAACCAUAAUAAAAUAUAAACAUCUUAAAUUUAUAUGGGAAUUCAUAACCAGUUGUUGGAAAUUUGGCUUAUUUAACAUUUCCUUAAAUACAUACUUCACCAAUUCCUUAAUCAUAACUAACUCCCUAAGUUCUAUUCAGAUGAGAUUAUAUUUUAAAUUAUUUUAUUUAUUCAAAUUUAAAAAAUGGAAUUGUUAAAUUAUGCUGCCACUAUAAUUCAAAAAACAUUCAGAGGUUUUCUUGCUAGAUAAUUUGUAAAAUAAAUAAGAAGAAUAAACUAUUUUUCAUCAUUUGGUAUUGAAAUUAAAUGAUAUAGACCAUCAUAAUGAAUAUGGGUUUUGCAUUUAGCCAUAAAGAUCAAAAUAAUCUACUCGUAAUACUCAAUCACUAAUUUAACCAACUAAAAGAAUGAUCAGAAGUAGUGUCUACAUUUAAAAAUGCUAUCGAGGGUAUUUAAGUAGAAAAUACGUUUGCAAUUUUUACAAACUGAAAUAGAUUGUGUUAUUUUUAGAAGGACACAUUCAUAAUUUCUUGAGGAAAGUAAAAUGAUUCUGAUAUUAGAGAAUUUAAUAAAGGAAAAUCAAUAUAAAAUAAUUGAUGGCAUAAUGUUACAAUUUUCAAACUCAAUGUAAAUCAAUAGCAAAAGGCAGAUACCAUUACAGUAAGUAUAUGAAUCAGAAACAAUUUGAUGAAAUAAAUGGCAUCAUUUUUACAUCCUUUUUGCAUUUAAUGAUACCUAAUUUUGAAAAACUUAAUUCUGAAUAGAAAUCCCAUUUUGUAGAUCAAAUCUUAGGAGUUGUUUAAUCAAAUCCCCCUAAAAAAACAAUGCCAACUCAGAUAAGUUCUAAGACUCCGUUGAAGUAGAGACAUAUAAUUUAGAAUGUCAGUGUUUUGUCUUCUGAAGUAAUGACUAGUAAUGGCAGUUGCACUUCUAGUCAUAAAUCAAAAUCAAAUCUAACAAAUGAAGAGUUUAAAUCAAUUUUAUAACGAUAGAAUAAAAAAAUCAAAUGA